AUGGAUUCCUCAAUAGAUGACUCACUGUCAACCAACAACAAUCCAACCAAAACUCACUCUCCAAAUCCAUCAACUUCAACUUCGAUUCCUAAUUCAGAUAGUACAGUCGUCACUUCUUCAUAUCGUACUUUGAACGUUAGAGAUGCUCUUAGUUAUCUUGAUCAAGUUAAGAUUCGAUUUCAAGAUCAAAAUGAAGUUUAUAAUCAAUUCUUAGAUGUGAUGAAAUUAUUUAAAACUCAAUCUAUUGAUACACCUGGUGUUAUUGAAAGAGUUUCAUCUCUUUUUAGAGGUUAUCCUAGUUUGAUUCAAGGUUUUAAUACUUUCUUACCUUCUGGUUUUCGUAUCGAAUGUACUUUACUUAAAAGAAUCGAUCAUGAUUCAAAUCCAGAAUUAGCUGAUCUCGUCACCGUUCUCACUCCAAAUCCAAUCACCAAUAAAACUUCUCUUUUUCCUAGAGAUGGAUCUCAUGCAAUCAUCAUCAAGGAUCGAAUCGAAAAUACUUUAACUCCAAUGGGUUGGAUCGAAAUUAAAGAUAGUCCUGAAACUGGCUCAACUUCAACUUCAAUUAAUUCAACAUCUUAUGCCCAACAUCAAACUACAAUUCAGGAUCUUACUCAACCACCUCAACCUCCUUUACCUCCAUCUCAUCCUUCAAAACAUAAACAGAUCAACAAUCAUUCUACCUCUUCAUCAACCACUCCUACUACAUCCACAAACAUGAAUUCGAAAUCUUCUCUCAAUCACGAUGAAGGUCAAUCUAAACUGACUGAUCCUCUUAUAACAGCUAAUCUAAAUCAAACCAAUUCCAACAAAACCACAAAUACCAAUCCUACCGCUAAUACCAUCACUCACAGCGCCGCUAUUCCUUAUCGACCCAAUACCACCGCCUCUUCAUCAACUUCGCUACCGAGCCACUCUACUCACAAUCUCUAUUCGAAUUCAAAUCCAACUUCCAACUCUAAACUUCCAGUUGCUCCCGAUCUAAAAGCUCUAGAUUCAACUUCCAAUCAUCAUCAAAUGUUAUUAGCUCCCGAGUUAGUAGCUGAACCUAUCCGAUCUCAUUCAAAUCAACCUGCUAUCACUAGAACCCCAACACCAGUGGUAACCGUUGCAAAUCCCCCUCAAGCUAACAGUAUCAAUAACAAACCGGUCGAAUUCAAUUAUGCUAUUAAUUAUGUGAACAAGAUCAAACAUCGAUUUAUAGAUCAACCCGAAAUCUAUAAAACAUUUUUGGAAAUCUUACAAACCUAUCAGCGAGAUGGAAUGCCGAUUGAUGUGGUCUAUGUACAAGUGACCAAGCUGUUUGCUGAAGCUACUGAUUUACUCGAUGAGUUUAAACAAUUCUUACCUGAUCCAAAUAACGAGAAUGGAGCGAGUGGAGUGACAAUGUUGAAAGCUCAAGCACCUGUACCAAAGCCAUCUCAAUCAACCUUGAUGUCAACUUCUCAAACUCCUCAUUCGAUGUUGAUCGAUGAUCGAUUGAGCAAACCAUUUGCAAAUUCUGAUUUGGCUAGUGAUCUACGACGACAUACACCUUCGCCUGGGACACGGGUGAUGAGUGGGGUAUCUUUACUUUCUGAUGCUUUAGCGCCUACGCUCAAUAAGACUGCUGAGAUGAAUAUCAGGAAUACUACAAAUGCUCCCCUGGUGGUUAGACCUGAGAUCGCUGAUUUGCCUACCACUCACACCUCAUCAGCCAGGCCAUUGGGUGUUCCAGUCCAUCCAAAAAAUCCCAUCAAUGGUACCGGGCCCUCAAAGACCUUUCUUCCUACGACAUCGCCCUCCAAUAAACGACCACUCGCGUCUUCCCACAACACAGAAGCUGACGAAACAGCUGACCAUUCAAAAGAAUCCGGACCAUUGAACAAGAAGAAGAAGAUUAUAAAUGAUCAUCAUCUUUCAGUUGGAGGGCCACUAGACUCCACACCACCAAGUCAACUUGAUACGGUAGCUAGUAAAAUGAGUGGAACCAAGGCAAAUCGGUCUCGUAACAAAUAUCAAGAAAUGAUUGAUCCAGUCACCAAAGUCUCAACCCAAUCAACCCAUCAUGAACCAAACCCACAUACGACUCCAUUUCGUACAGCUUCUCAACAUCACCUACACAAAUCAGCUGAUACAAGUGUCGAUGAUCAUCUUCAACAUCACGACAAACGAGUUUCAUCUCGAUCGCAUCAUCAGAUCACCACAGAAGAAAUAUUACCAGAUAAUUAUUUGUGGCACACUCAUCGACUUGAGACUCAUGAUGCUAUGGGUGGACGUACACUGACGAACACGAAAGAAUUGAUUCUGUUUGAAUCAAUCAAGAAAUAUUUGAAUGAUACAGAAGUUUGGCACGAGUUCUUACGAGUCUUGGAACUUUAUAAUCAAACGAUUAUUGAUUUUAAAACACUUGUGGAUAGAGUAUCAGUUUAUAUUGGAGAUAAUGAUGAAUUGUUAGACGAUUUUAAAGGGUUUGUGGGAUAUGAUGUCAAGAAGGAUGGGUUAGUAGAAGAUGAAGUAUGGGAAAUUAAAAAUCUAGAUGUAAGAGAGAGAGAAAAGGUAGAUGCAUCCAUCAUUCAAAGAGAAUAUGGACCAAGUUAUAAACGAUUACCAAAGUGUGAAAUCGAUUUAGCAUGUUCAGGUCGAGAUGAAUUAUGUUGGAGUGUCUUGAAUGAUGAAUACUUUGGAGCGGCUAAGUUUGGAACUGAAUCAGGUGGACCAGGACAUCGGAAAACGAAUUUUGAAGAAGUGAUUGCGAUGACUGAAGGAGAACGAGCUCAUUUUUCAUAUUGGUCAGAAUCGAUGAGUAGAACGAUUGGACAUUUAGAAUCAUUACAAACUCGAAUUGAUUCGAUGGAUGAAAAGGAAAGAUUAAAUUUUCAAUUAGGAGAGAAUUUAGGAGGGAUCAGUCCAUCGAUUUAUAAUCGUACCUUGAAAAAAUUUAUUAAAGAGAUUGAAGAAUUCAAAGAGAAAAAGGAAUGUUUAGUGAUUGAUGUGGUCUUAGCUGAUGAACCCAAUCCUUCGGUGAUUCAAAAACCUUUGAAUGAUCGACCUAAAAUUGAUAAGAAGUCGGUCAAAAACAAAACGACUUCAAAACCGAAACCGAACCCAUCUCAUGCACUUUAUUCUACGAUUCCUGAACCAGAAGUCAUGAAGAUUCCACCCAUGAGACCAUCACAUCAAGUUGAACUAGGAUUUCAAGAUUUAGAUGUAUUUUUUGAUGUGCUGAAGAUCAUUGCAAUGUCACUUGAUAGAUCAGCACUUUCACAUCCAGAACGUAGAAGAAUAGAUGAAACCAUUCGGAUUUUAAUACCAGCAGUUUGGAAUAUAUCACAAAUCGAACUUGAAAAACAAAUCCCGAUGAUCUAUGAUGAUGAAUCAAGUGAAUCUACAACUGAUGAAAUCAAUCCGAAUCGAAUCGAAUCCUCUAAUCAUGGUCAAGAGAAUGAAAGAGAUUUGAAUUCGAAAAAAGGCAUUGAAAGUUUAACCCGAGGACUUUUAGAACUUGAUUCGACUAAUGAAUCGAAUGGAGCAAGAGGAAGGAUCGAUAGAAUGAAGUUAGGAAUCAAUGAAUUAGAAACUCCAUUGAUGUCAUCACCACCUAAUUCAGUACCAACACUUGAUCAUCAACCUUUAAGAAGAAAUGGGUUUGAUUUGUUUGAUUCGAAUGGAGAAGAAAAUAAAUCGAAUGAUGAACAUCAUACGUUUUCUGUUUUAAGGAAAUGGGCCGAUAUUCAACUUGAAGGUGAAGAUGGAGAUGAAGAGAUGGAGUCUUCUGUAUCAAAUCAUCAUGGUCGAUAUUUUUAUGUUUUUGGAACUUCUACUUAUGUGAUCUUAUUUCGAUUGAUUCAUAUACUUUAUUCACGUUUAUUGAAAUUGAAGACUACAGCUAUCGAAAUCGGAAUUCAAGAACCUAAUUGGAAGCGAAUCAAUCCGAUUGGAAUCGAAUUAGGAUUAAGUCAUCCGAUCUUAGGAUUAGAUGAUGAUGAAAAUCAAAACCCAUCGGAAAAACUAUAUGGAUUCGUUUUAGAUUCGAUUUCUAGAUUGUUUGAUGGUGAAUUAGAAAUCAAUUCGUUUGAAGAAUUGAUUAGGAUUGGGUUUCCUAAGAUUGGUUAUUUGGUUUCAACGAUUGAUAAAUUAAGUAAUUCGAUUUUAAAACAUUUUUCACAUCUUCAUAGUGAUACAAGGAAUAAAGAAAUGUUAAAUUUAUUAAGAAGAGAAAGAGAAAGAGAAAGAGAAGAGGAAAGUGAUGAUGAUCUUUAUCAAUUUGGAUAUCGAAAUGAAGUGAAUGAGAUUAUAGAAGAUGGAGAACUUUAUAAAGCUGAAUGGCAUCCAGAAAGGAAAUCAUUAAGUAUUCAAUUAAUCAAUUCAGAAGAUCCAACGAUCGAAAUCUCCAAAAGCUCAAACCCACUGAAGUAUUAUAUAAAAAGUUAUCAAACUGAAAUCGAUACAGAAACCAUCGAUCCAACAAACUUAAACAAAUCAUUUAGAACCAAGAAUUUAAUGAACCUUAGUUUAGGUAAAUGGGAAGGUAAAUCAAAGUAUAAGAUUUCGAAAUCGAAUUUCAAGUUAAAAGUUUUAAAAUCAACUGAAGAUUGUUGGAUUAGUAAAAUGUAUUUUAAUAAGUUUAAGAAAUCGGUUGAAAAUCAGGAUGAAGAAGAAGAAGAAGAAAAGGGAGAAGGGAAUAGGAAAUUGGAUUGGGUUGGUAAAUGGGUGGAUGAAAGAUGGAAAGAAAUUAAUGAAGAACACUCGUGAUUUGUUUUUUCAUGCUUUCAUUUUUUUUGGAAAUGUGAAGUUCUAUUUUUUUUGUUCUUUGUAAGGUUUUGUAUUGUCAUUUUUUUCUUUUUAUGAGCUUUAGGUUUUUGAUUUUGGAUGAUACUAGAUUGAUUAUUUUGGGACAGUUUUUUUCUAUGAUUUGAUUUGAUUGAAAGAGAAUAAGUUUGGUUAGUUUUGGGGAGAGGGUUUUCUUUUAUAUGUUAAGUACAUUGAGAAUUGUAAUUUGGAUAUAUAUAUAUGAUUUGAUUUGAUGGAU